AUGCAGUGUCAAUUUUACCUCGUGGGCGACGACAUCGCCACGGCAAAGAUACUCGAGAUAGACUCGCGAUGGAAAUUCGAAGACUUGCAACGAGCAGUCGGAGGUGUUUUCAAUAUCGCACAGCCAACAGCUAACCCGACAGGCAUCUCCUUCCACGACAUCCGGAAUGAAACCCUCACUUUGGUACAAGAUGUCCUUGCAGCAUCAGCACCAGUCGGCCUUCGCAUAGACGGCAAUAUCGCACAAUCACCUCAAGGACCACCGGGCCUUCCCCUCGUGGGUAGUUACUAUGAGAUCUACCCCGACCACCUGGGCAACCAUUAUCGGCUGUUCCGCAAGUACGGCCCUGUCAUCAAGACCACCAACAUGGGCAAAACGAUCUACCUCACCGAUGAUCCGAAAGUAGCUGCUGUCGCCUUUGCUGAAUCCGCGUACAUGACCAAGAAAAUCAAUGAAAAUCACCCGCUUUGGGGUGUCAAGGAUAACACAGCUAUCUUUAUCGGGGAUACUGAGACUGAGAACUGGCGACUAGCACAUAAAUUCUUGCCUCCGGCUAUGGGUCCUAAGGCUGUGUGGCACUAUACCUCGCUCAUGCAGAAUUGUGCGCGCAAGUCGUUGCCGGUCUUCGACGAGCUGGACUCCCGCGGGGAAUCUUGGAACGUGUACCAGUAUAUGGUGAAGUUGGCUUCGCAGACAAUCAGUUCCUUCUCACUAGGUACUGAUUUUGGCCACUUCGACUCUGUCGAUUCGCCGCUGCAUCCAAUUGUCACCAACAUUGCCAGCCUACUCUCCCUGAAUAAGAAGAUCACUUCUCGUGGAGAGUGGUACCGUCAUUUACCCUGGGGAGAUCCAGCACGCCUGCGCCAGGUUCAGCACACGAUCUAUUCGCUUUUGCAAGAAGCCGUCGACGAGGUUGCCGCCACGUCUACAACCAAGGACGCUCCUAUGAACGAAGCCGCAUUAUCUGCAUCCUGCGUGGUCGAUUACUUACACCAUGCCCUUGAUGAGAAGGGUGAGCGUCUCCCGAGCGGCCUGAUUCUGGCAAACAUGCUCAUCGUCACCGGCGCCGGCUUCACCACGACUUCCGCCCUGAUGUCAUGGCUGAUAUACUGCCUUGCCACGUAUGAAGGCACACAGGAGCGUCUCUAUCAAGAACUGGUUGAAUUCGGUAUCGUCGGACUAAACGGGGCGCGCAACAAGACGAGUUGGACCCCCGACCUCGCGCAUAGCAUGCCAUACCUAGACAAGUUUGUCAAAGAGACACAGCGCCUGCACAAUGCCUCAUUCCAGCCGGGCCGCACGACGAAAACAGAGGUUGUCCUGCCAGGCGGUUACCGGCUGCCACCAGACAGCGUCAUCGUCCCGGCACUGUAUGCCAUCCACACGAAUCCCAAGGUCUGGCGCGAUCCGCUUCGUUUCGACCCUGAUCGAUGGGAUACGCAAGAGACGAAAGACCGGCAUCGGUGUGCGUAUGUUCCGUUUGCCACGGGACCACGGGGCUGUAUCGGGUUUAACUUCGCGUUGUUGGAGGUUAAGGUUUUGCUUUCUGAGUUGGUGAGUCGGUAUGAGUUUGUUCGGGAGGGUUUGGAUGCGGUCGAUUAUGACCCUGAGUUCCAAUUGAUCCGGCCUUUGAACUUUUAUGUUCGGGCAAAGCGCCGGGUGUAA